AUGGCUGAGGCAGAUGCAGUGCAGGUGGUCGUGGAGGAAUUUGAUCCUCAGGCGAAGGCUGGAACCAAAGUGAAGUCAGAGGUCUCGGCGUCCUUGAGCAUCGGUGGUGUUGACCACAAGGUCUCUCAGCAAAAGGAUAAAAACAAGGCACAACGAGCCAAAUUGAAGAAACAGCUGCGUGACGCUUUCACGAAGGAGGAAGCUGAAGAUAUGGAGCAGACUGAGGAUGAGAAGAAGGCGAGACCCGAGAAGCUGGGUAUCGCCAAGAAAUUCAUGAUGGAGACUGCCUGCACGACCGGAGAUGGAAAGCCGAAAAAAUUGGUUGGCACUGGUCCAAAGGAUCUAGGAGAAUAUGGUGUUGGUGUCCAGCUUUAUUUUGAGUUUCUCUCAGAUAUGGGCUGGCUCUGGGUUUUCCUCUUCCUUUUCACCAUCCCAAUGCUGUACUACACUCUGGGUGGCACGAUCCUCAAUGACUUUCCUGAAACCAAAAAUCAGAAUUUCUUCUACAAGGGCAUGGCGCUUUUCACCCCCGCAAACUUGGGGACCUGCGGGUCUGGGGCGAUGGAUUGCCUUUCUCAACAUCAGCGAGAGACCCGGAAGGUGUUUCCUGGUUCGGACACACUGGUGUCAGACGUCACGCCUGCAUUAGGCAUUCUGGAUUUGGUGCAGAUGAUCAUUGCCCUGGGCUUUAUCAUCUGGUUUCGCCUCUACAAGAUUCCUGCUGCGGUGCGGAUUCAGGAUGAGGCCAAUGUCACCGCCAGCGACUUUGCGAUUCGCGUUGGCGGCCUGCCGAGGAAGCUCAAACAAAACCAUGAAAACUACGAACCGUUGUUGAAGCAUCAUUUUGAAAAGGUGCUUUUGGAGUGUGGACAAGACGAAAAUGAUGAUCCAGAGAGGCCGAACGUGGCGGAGGUUGCGCUGAUUCGGGAAUACGACGGCUGUAUUUCAACCUUCCUCCAGCAAGGAAACUUGUUGGAGGAGAUGUAUGAAGCAAGCAUUGGAGCAAGGUUGGCCAAGAGUGACGGCAAAGCAGAGAAGCAGCAGAAAUUGGAGAAGAAGCGUGAAAAGCUGAAGAAACAGUUCUACAAGCUCGAUGAAACCAUCAAGGAACAAACUGACAUGAAAGAUUCUGAACGCGAGGUCUGUGGCGCGUUCGUGAUGUUCCAAACGGAGCAGAUGAAAGAUUUAGUGCUCAGCGCGUACAAACCCUUCACAAACAGCUGGACAUCUCGCCUCGUUCAGCCCAAGCAUUUGCGCUUCCAAGACUGGCGUUUGCGCGUCAGUCAGACCUGCGAACCUGAAGAGCUCUACUGGGAGAACAUGGACUACAGCUGGUUGCUCCACAAGUGCAGGAAAUUCUGUACGCUUACCGUCUCGUUCUUCAUUGUGGUCUUCUGCAUCUUCAUCUUGACCUGGUUGCGAUCCAGCAGUGCCGCAGUGAACACCAGCUCCAUGCCUUUCGAUUUGUGGAUCUUUGAAGAAGCCGGUCAAGCUCGCUCCCUUGACGCCAGCGGUCCAGCGCCUUGCAUGGAGUUGUGCCAAUUGGACGUCUUCUUUGAUGACAGGUGUGAAGUUGUUGAGAGUCCAAUGAACUACAUGAACCUCAUCUUCGACACUGACUUCAUUUGGAAUGCCUCGACCGACACCUCAGCGCACCUCCUUCAGGACAACAAUGCGGAGUGUCAUCCAAGUGAUCCUUUCUACCAGUCACCAUCCUGUACUCAAAACCAGAGCGCGAGAGUGGCGUAUGUCUUCAAAGAACCAAGCCCGGUCUUGUGCAUCAAGGUGGCAAACCGAAAAGGACCGAGCGGUCAAAAGCCCGCACCAAUGAGGAUCUACGGGUGUCCGUCCAACACCUUGGUGUCCAACAGUAGUGGCUUCUUUGACCAGCAGGGUGAGAGAUGGGACAGGGAGACAUAUUGUGUGCGCUUCGAUGACGCGAUUUUGGAAGGAUAUGACAGUCCUCAGCCAGUCAAGUUACGUAGCGAUUGCUUGUUUCCUAUCACCCUCGAAGCUGCCCAAAGGGCCAAAGACCUUGGGGAGAGUUUUAUGACGUCCCCGAGGCUGUCGUGCUUCUGCGUGCAACAGGCCAACAAAGAACCCAGGAUUCGUUUUCCAGGACUUGUGGAAACGCCCGAAGCCGAGGCGGUUUCUGGGUGA